GCCUCCCCUUCAGGAGGACUUGCCCGCUCACAGGCCGGCCCUGCUCCCGGGACAGGGACCGGGCCGAGCGGAGCCGCUGCGCCAGUGCUGCCCCGCCAGCCGGGGCGCCUAGCGGAUCGGAGCUGCGCGCGGAUCUACCUCGCCCCGCCCCGCUCCACCCGUGAGGGUGGCCCGAGGUAGCCGGGAUGACACUUCUCCCCAGGAACCCUGCUAUCUGCUGAGAAACAUGACCAGCAAAUCUCGCUGGAAGUUCCUGGCCAUGCUGGCUCUCGUCCUCGUUGUUGUCAUGGUGUGGUAUUCCAUCUCCCGAGAAGAUAGGUACAUUGAACUCUUUUAUUUUCCCGUCGCAGAGAAGAAAGAGCCAUGCUUCCAGGGUGAGGCAGAGAGGCAGGCCUCUAAGAUUUUCGGCAACCAUUCUAGAGAACAGCCCAUCUUCCUGCAGCUUAAGGAUUAUUUCUGGGUAAAGACACCAUCUGCCUAUGAGUUGCCCUUUGGGACUAAAGGAAGUGAAGACCUUCUUCUCCGGGUGUUGGCCAUCACUAGCUAUUCUAUACCUGAGAGCAUACAAAGCCUUGAGUGCCGGCGCUGUGUCGUGGUGGGAAAUGGUCACCGGUUGCGGAACAGCUCACUGGGAAGCAUCAUCAACAAGUAUGAUGUGGUCAUCAGACUAAACAACGCUCCUGUGGCUGGCUAUGAGGGAGACGUGGGCUCCAAGACCACCAUCCGUCUCUUUUACCCAGAGUCGGCCCACUUUGACCCCAAGAUAGAAAACAACCCAGACACGCUUUUGGUCCUGGUAGCUUUCAAGGCGAUGGACUUCCACUGGAUUGAGACCAUCUUGAGUGAUAAGAAGCGAGUACGAAAAGGCUUCUGGAAACAGCCCCCCCUCAUCUGGGAUGUCAACCCCAAACAGAUCCGGAUUCUUAACCCCUUCUUUAUGGAGAUUGCAGCCGACAAGCUCCUGAGUCUGCCCAUACAACAGCCACGCAAGAUCAAGCAGAAGCCAACCACGGGUCUGCUAGCCAUCACCUUGGCCCUACACCUCUGCGACUUAGUGCAUAUAGCUGGCUUCGGCUACCCAGAUGCCUACAACAAGAAGCAGACCAUCCACUACUAUGAACAGAUCACGCUUAAGUCUAUGGCGGGGUCAGGCCACAAUGUCUCCCAAGAGGCCUUAGCCAUCAAACGGAUGCUGGAGAUGGGAGCUGUUAAGAACCUCACGUACUUCUGACUUGGACAAGAGCUGGACACUUCUGUUGCCAUCUGAGUGACCCCUGUCUACGGCUUGGGGUACCUGGUGCCAGUACAACCUAAUUGCACUCACCCUCAAUAGGGAGGGUGUUUUGGGACUGGCUAGGUCCCA